GCCGUCGACCAGAGCGGACGUGUGUUCGCAACAAAAGAGAAAAAGUUAAAUACUUCACUUGUAAACAAAAGUAACAUAGCGAAGUCAGCGCUUGGUUUUUUAUACACGCUAUUUAGAAAAUCAAAGACCAUAAAAAAAAGAAUAAUUCACAUUUGGUUCUUAGCAUUGGAAUAAGAAGUGCAAAUUCUUGCCAUUAAAAUGGACAAACAUAAACUAAUUGACAAUGUGAUUUAAACUGUAUACGAAAACGAAAAAACAAAAAAAAAAACCAAACAAAUACAAAAUAAAAGUGUGCAAAUCAACGUCUAUCAGAAAGAGGUAGGUAAAAUCCAACCGAUCUGCGCGUAGGUCUCGAUUGCCCCAAUUUCGACGGCCCGCUAAACAUGUGUUUUGACGCUUUCAGGAUCUCAUCAAUACAGAUUUAGCCAAACAUUCGAUGCUACAGACAAUAUAUACAACCAUAAAUAUGCGUUCGACAAGCUGUUUUGUUUUAAUUGGAAUUUGGUUCUUUUGGCUGCCAGCACAGACGAACGGAUUGUCAGAAAUCGACAAGAAGUGCUCGGCGUUUGUAUGCCCGGAAAAACCAGAUACGCCUCAGUGCCCCGAUGAUAGUAGCACUGAAUUUAAGCCGGUGUCCAUCAUUCAGCCCGAUCUGCUGGAGCUAUGCUGUGCCAAGAGCUAUUGCAGCUGCAACAAAUGCCCAGAGAAGCCCAAAUGUAAACCGGGUCAAGUGCUAAACGAACUGAGCCAAGGCAAUGGCAAGCCAGGCAGCUGUUGCACCGAAUAUCAGUGCGGCAUGGAGCCGAAAUGUGUGCGCGGAAUCGGCAUCACCUACUGGCGGGAUGAGUGCACCAAAUGCAACAGCUGCCAACCGCUGUGCCAGUUGGUCUGCCAGUCGGACAGUGCACUAAGCAACUGUCUGACUGAUGAUGAACAGAUCGUGAUGAACGGGGAGCAGUGGUCACAGGGCGAUGGCUGCGAGCACUGCACCUGCAAGGAUGGCAUGACUGAGUGCGAAACGUACGGCUGCAAACAGCCGGAAUGCACAAAUUACAUAAAAGUGCCUGGCGUUUGCUGUCCCGUUUGUCAAGACACGGCAAGUGUUACCACCGAAGCCGCCAUUGCGCCGAGCAGCUCAACAAUCAAAUCAACUGCUCAGAUCUCAAGCGAAUCCAUCGAAAACUCAACAGAGCCCUUUAAUCCGGCAGAGGAACACGAUAUAAAUAAACAACCGCCAUUUAAUGAAAACGGCAUAGCUACCGAGAAAACAUUGGAUCAUGAUCAAGUUUUCGCAGAGCUCCCAAGCACAACUAUAUCGAGCAGCAGCAGUAGCACUCCCAGCAGCACCUCCAGCAGCACCCCGAGCACCACCUCCAGCAGCACCCCCAUCACCACCUCCAGCAGCAGCACCCCCAGCAGCUCCUCCAGCAGCACCUCCAGCAGCACCUCCAGCAACAUGCCCAGCAGCUUCCCCAGCACCACCUCCAGCGGCAUCCCCAGCAGCACCUCCAGCAGCACCUCUAGCAGCACCUCCAGCAGCAUCCCCAGCAGCACCUCCAGCAGCAGCCCUAGCAGCACCUCCAGCAGCACCACAAACGAAUUGGAUGAAUAUUCUACAGAGCUCACAGAGCUACCCCAAGUUGGUGUAGACAACAAUGAAGGCGCGAAGAAACACAUCUCGGCAUGGAAUGAUUUUUCAACCGAGCCAUCUGUCAUUUCUGAAUCUGCUUCCGAAACAAACGAUUGGCUUACAGAUGACACAACCAAUUCUCAAGAGCUGGAUAGUAUUGAGGAGACAACCGAAGCAACUGAAGUAGUGGAACCGGAGCGUACAGAUGACAACCUGGAAUAUACAACACUAUCAGACGUAGACAACACUGAAAUGAGCAUCAGCAGCAGCAGCAGCAGCACUGAGGCCUCAACCACAAAGCAUCCAAGUUCGUUGGCCACAUCGGCACCCAACGCGCUGUCACCCGAAUCGACCAGCUGGCAUCACGGCUCAACCAUCGAGGAUGCCGAUUAUCGUUUCGCACUUGAGAAGCAUAAUGAUGCAAUAUAUUCAUCAAAUGAAAAGAAAGUAUGGAUUAUGAGUAUCAGCGCCCUUACGGCUUUAUUUGUUUCAGUCCUGCUCAUAUAUUAUUGUGUUAAAAAGUGCAAGGAACGUAAAUCGCUAUAUUCUUCGGUCCCGAAUUCAGAUUCAAAUCUAAGCGAGAAUACAACUACCUCUGAUCUGGUUCUACGCAUUGAUCAGCCCUUGCAGCACAACAUAGAGAAACAGAAGCAGCUAAAAGAGACAGCGGAAUAAUCGAUUUCACAAAAAAAAAAAUACAUAAAUAUUAGUAUAGAUAUACAUAUACAAUAUAUAUAUAUAAAUAUAUGGUAUAUAGUGUAUAUUGGAAAAUUUCAUCGAUGACUCUCGCCUAAAGACAAUGCUCGCGCAGAAUCAGCGAUUUUGCAAUAAUUUCAUAAACUUUAAACAAAAACGAACUACACAAAAAAUUAUUAUAAUUAUUUAUUAAUUUAUUUAUGCAUUGUGAUAAUAUGGCAAAUUAUUGAUAUCACCCAGAGUUAAAGAAAAAUCAUCUAAUUUAGUAAAACAAUAUAGUAUUAAGUUGAGUUCAUCCAGGGCGGUAGUCUGGCAUAAAUUUAACUUUCUAGAAAACUUCAACAAAUUUAUAAACAAUUGUACUGCCCUGUUUGGGCUUAGCACUAUUUUAUAGAAGACUUAACAUGUUUAUUUAUCAAAUGUUGCCUGACAAAUUUUAUUAAUCUAUAAAGUGCGAGAACUGCACAAAUUGGCCAGCUUAGAAGUAAGAAAACACGCACACCCACAAAAACGCGCUAAAUAAUUGUUUAAGAAAAGAAGAUAAACUAAAGGAACUGCGUCGCACUGAUUACACAUUCCUUUUAAGCCCUUUUUUGAUUUGAAUUACAUACUUCAACAAAAAAAAAAAAAAAAAAAAACAC